UAAAUAAUACUCCAUACAACUUUUUCUUCUUCUGCUCCAAACUAAAUUAACAACGAACAAACGGAUAAAAUCACUUUUGUCUUUUCUCACUUCCACACUCACACACAUUAUCUAAUUGGAAACCAUUUCUCAUGUCAGAACCCACUAAUACCCAACUUGGUAUUGGCGAUUUUGGUUGCACUCACUAUAGAAGGAGAUGCAAGAUCGUAGCACCAUGUUGUAACGAGGUUUUUGGCUGUAGACACUGUCACAACGAAACUAAGAAUAACGAGGAGAUUAAUGUUGUUGAUCCUCAUGAUAUACCGCGUCAUGAAAUUAAAAAGAUUAUAUGUUCCUCAUGUGACACGGAGCAAGAUGUUCAACAGUACUGCAUAAACUGUGGAGUAUGCAUGGGAAAAUACUUUUGUGGUAUAUGCAAAUUCUUUGAUGAUGAUAUUUCAAAGCAACAAUACCACUGUGAUGAAUGUGGCAUCUGCAGAACUGGUGGCAAGGACAACUUUUUCCAUUGCAAAAUAUGUGGAUGUUGCUAUUCUAAGGUAAUCAAAGAUGGGCAUCAUUGUGUAGAAAGAGCAAUGCAUCAUAAUUGCCCUAUUUGCUUUGAGUAUCUGUUUGAUACAUUACGAGAAAUCACCGUUUUGCCUUGCGGGCAUACUAUACAUUUUGAGUGUGUUAAAGAGAUGGAACAACAUCAUAGGUACUCAUGUCCUGUUUGCUCAAAAUCUAUCUGUGAUAUGUCAAGUGUGUGGAAGAACCUUGAUCAAGUGAUUUCCACAACUCCAAUGCCUAUAACAUAUAAAAAUAAGAUGUACUUGUAUGAAACCAGGUGUGGAUACUGUGCAAUGAUUGUGGUGUAAACUCCAAUGUGCAAUUCCACAUUGUGGCACAUAAGUGUUUAAGUUGCAAUUCGUACAACACAAGACAGAUACAAGGAGUACCUUCUAGUUCAUGUUCCUCUAGGGUUGAAGAGACGGUUAGAUGAGCUUAGUUGCAAAAGAAUCUUUGAUUCUGAACCUUGUCUUUCCUCAGAGAUGGAAUCAGCUCUUGCCAUUUUCUCAACUCUAGUUUAGUAUAAUUCUUGAGUCUAAAUUACACUAUUCGUCUCGUAAGUUAUUUUUAUAUUUCAUUUUGGCCACUUAAGUUGCUUUUAGAUUUCAGUUUGAUUUUUUCGUUUCAUUUUGGCCCCUUUACAAACGUUAAGACACUUUAGUCAUUUUUUAUUAGUUUUUCAUUUGAGUUCGUCAAAUGUUUCUUUCUUCUUCUUCUUCUUCUUGAGUCAAACACCUAAUAACCAAAACGUAAUAUGAAACGUAGGAAACAUUUGACAGACUCAAAAGCAAAAUUGAUAGGAAGGACCAAAGUAUCUUAGGUUUGUGUAACUUAACGAUGGAAUAAAAUAGAACGAAAAAAACUAGGAGACCAAAGUGAAUUAUAAAAUAACUUAACGAGUCAAAAUUGUAAAUUAACCUUCAUGCCUUUGAUGAUAGUGGAAGAGUGUAGAAAGCUUCCUCAAGAAAAGAGUCAAUUAAGCUCCAAAUUUUGUCAAUGGGAUUCUAUUUCCUUUAUGCAGUGCUAUUCUAAUGAUUUUUUUCUUCUAACUUUUGCAAUAUUAUGUUCCUAAGGGGUCACAGUUCCAAAAUGUAUUCCUACAUAGUUGUUAUAUAUGGUUAAACAUAAUGGGUCUUCUUUCCAUUUGCAACUGGUUCAGACUUGUUGCUACAAUAAUGCAAAUUUUAUGAUA